AUGUCGGGCCCGUCGAGCGACGCGCCGGCCGAGACCGAUGGCCGCCACCACGAGCCGACGCGCGCGGCCACCGAGUGGGACGGAAUGCUCGUAACCAAGGUCAAGGCGGCGCAAGACAUCAACAAUGCCCUGCACGUGAACCCGCUCACGCCGUACAUGCUCACGCCGUUCAAUACGCCGUACUGCGACCCGACGCUGCUCGUGCAGCGUCUCCACUUGAGCCAGCCCGAGAUUUUGCCGGCGAACCACGUCCUCUUUGUGUCCAACACGACCUGCCCGUACAUCCCGACCGAGCGCCCGUCGUCGCCGCGCACCGUCAUGGCCAACGUCGCGUCGUUCCUCGACAAGUGCUUGCCGCCGAGCUGGCAGUGGUUCAAAGAGUGGCACCUCUGGCUGCUGCAAAUGCUCUUGCUCGCGUGCGGGUGCUGCAUGGGCAUCCCCAUCGCCUGCUUUCUCGUGCUCUGCAGUCCGAUUCUGCUCUUUGGCGCUGUGUGCACAAGCCCGUGCUGGGUCAGCGUCGGCCUCUGGUACUACCGCGGGCCUGGCCGGAAGAAGCGCACGCGCGUCGCAUCAUAG